ACUAGGGGAUCAGGGGAAGUCCUGUAGCCUGGCUGCCUUGAAGUGCAGUCUGGGAUUAUCCCUCCCCCGGGGGUGAGCCCUGAGAGGGUCUAGGGGGGAGUUGAGAAAGUAAACUGACUGUGCCCUGAAACCUGUCCAGACCCUGGGGCUGGGGAGUUAAAAACCUUUUUUAUUUUCCUCUUUUGCAGCCAGAAGUAGGUGAGGUCAGAAGCCCUAGCCUGGGCAUGUUGACCAUUGGCCUAAGCCCCCUAGACAGUGCCCAACAGGACAGGACUAGCUGGCUCUCAGACGGGGGAGGCAAGGUAUGCUUGGAAGAAGCAGGGCUUAACUUGGCCUCCUCCAGAUAUGAAAGACAGUCCCGGGGCUGGAGGAGGCGGGAUGAAAGGGGGCUCCCUAGGGUUUGUGAAAGAGAUGGUGGGGGUUGAGAGCCAGCCUUCAAAGGCCCAAAGCUUAUAGUGUCAGUCAGGGAUUGAAAGGAGAGGCCUCUAGUUUUCUGAGGGACUUGAGGAGGUGGGAUCGCUUCCUAAAACUUUGCUUGUAGUCCUGCCCCUUCCCCCAGCCUCACCUGGGGCUACAGCCUCUCCCCCACCAGGCAGUCACUUUUUAAAACUGUCUGUGGCCCAACAGGAUCCUAAGAGUUUCUGACCUGAAACCCCAGCAUAGGUGGGGGUGGGGGUGGGGGGGAGAAGUCUAGGUCCCUUUGAGCCUGAAGUACUUUUAGGAGAGACCAGGCACCUGGACAUUGGACAGAAAAACCUUGAGCAUCAGGCAGGAACUUUGAUUCCUUAUUCCUAAAUAGUCUCACAAUCCAAUUUGAGAGAUAAGCCUCCUAUCACAAGAGGGAUAGUGUGAGAUUAGUGCUAUGUGGUGGAUUACAUUUAUAUAGUGCUUUAAUAUUUACAAAACACUUUCACAUUUUCUCUUUACAAUUCUGUGAGGUGGGUAGUGCAAGUGUUGGUCCGCCAGUGGAAAAACAAAGAGGUUCAGAGAGGUAAAUGACUUUUCUAAGGUCACAUGGCUUGUAACUCAAACCUAGGUCUCCCUGUCCUUUGGAAUUUCCACUACACCAAACUGCCUCCCUUCCCUGGGUGGAGGUGGGAAGGUAAUAGGAGAUCAAGGUGGUGGUGAGCCUGAAUCUGGGUGGCCUGCUGAAUGAGAUAGGACUUUAUGGCCAAAUCUCGGAAGAAGAGAAUGAUGUUAAUAGAAAGAGAUUAGGAGGUGGAGGACUUUCCAAAAGGCAAGAUUUUGUAACUCCUGUAGGGCCAGUAUUUCCAGUACCUAGCCCAAUUAUUGCAUGUAGCACUUAAUAAAGGCUUGUUGAAUUGGAUCUCAAAUGGCACCACUUACUGCACUUACGCUACAUUUUGACUAGGGACCCAAUUUUAUUUUAAAUUUAAACUUCCUAGAGUUUCUCAAAGACUCGAGUUCUGCACCCAAAUAGGCUUUUAAUAAUUUUCAUUGAAUUAAGUCUCUUUAGGGAUAGUGAAUAGGAUCAGUCUGGCUGAGUCACCUGGCUGUGGAAGGAAAGCAGGGAGAAAUCGGGCCAGUUCCUGGGAGACUUUGAGUGCUGGACUGAGAUUUUGGAAGUUGUUCUGGAGCCACCAUAGGUUUUUGAGAAGGGGAAAUGAUGUAAUCAAAGCUAUGCUUGAGGAGGAGUAAUCUGGCCACCCCGUGUAGGAAAGAUUGGAAAGGAUUUCAAAGAUUUAGGAAGCUUGCCUCAGGAUGUCUACUAAGAUUGUUGAAGUUAGAGACAAGCGAUUAGAUUGGGGGGAGGUGGUGGAGGGGCAAAGGAAGAAGGGAGCUCCAAGAUAGCUGGCUUUGGUAUAGAUAAGAGUCAGGUGGCUUGAGUUUUGGGGUAGUGGGAGAGAAGGGAAAGAUGGGUUUUGGAGGCAGACUGAUUCUUGAGUAGGGACAUGUGGAGAUGCUGCCCUCAACUAUGGAGGGAAAGUUAGGCCUGAAGAGGUGGUCUUGGAGGACAGGAUAUUUAUGAUACAAGAAAUCCUGGGAUUUAACAGUUCUUGAGGGAAGUCUCCAAGGAUCUCUGGGGCCCGCAGAUUUUGUGUCUGGGUCUUCCUCCACCCAGGUUAAUGAUUCUGAGAUUUAAAGGAACUUUAUCAGCAGCGUGUCUGGCCUCUGGAGAGAAAUUCUGGGAGGUGGCAAGCCCCACCCAGUCUUCCCCGAGGGAGAAGGAGGUAUCUGCUCUGAUCUGCCCCUCCCUUUAGCCACCUCACCUUCCCUCCCAUUCUCUUGUCCCUUAAUUCCUCCCCAUGACCUUGGGUUGCCCCUUGCCCCUUGGUUGCCUCAGUUCCCCAAAUUGGCAGGGAGAGAGAAAGGGAAAGGGGGGAGAGGAACCUCUUUUUUUAAAUUUUUUUUUAUCACGGAACAGUAGUCAUUGGGAGGUGAAGUUUCACCGCUGAUCGGGAUGGGGAAGGAAUAUAGGAGAGGUCAUGUUGAUUGUGUAGGUCUCAGUAGGUGGGUAGUGUUUUUGUGCAUCUGUCUGCGCUUGGGCUUGGGGGUCUCCAUGAUCCGGGGCAGUGCCCACCUAGGUGAGCUUGUGCUUUGGUCUGUGUCAUGCCUGUGUUUUUGUAUGCGGGUCUGUCUCGUCUAUGUGGAUGUUGGUGUCUGUAAGGCUGUCCUCUGUGUGCUCAAUCCACAAGUGGUUUCUGGGCCUUUACCACAGACCCCCCAAAGGCCCUGAGACUUUGUGAUUUUGUUCUGGAUUUUGGGGGAAAAGUGUCGUGAGUUCUCCCCACCUCCCAGGUCAGCCCCCCAGCUACUCAGGGCCAUUAGACAAAUUGUUAUUUGCAUUAACAAGUGUGUCAGGGACCGGCCAGGAACAGCCCCAGUAAUUGUCCCUGACUGGCACUCGCCUUUAUGGUGGGGCUCCGGGAGCCUGCAUUUUUAGGAGCCCGGAGUCCCUAGGGGAGGCCCAGGAAAGCUCUAAACACCAGUAAAUAAUGCCGCCUCCUCGCCUAUCACCGGGGCAGGCGUUAGGUGGGGAGGGGGCGGGGUCGGAGGUGGAGUCAGGAGCGGCGAAGCCCCCCCCACCCGACGGACCUCUACCCCCACCCCAGCCAAAGGAUACCCAAGUUCAUUCUCAGCCCCCCCCUCUAUUGUUUUAAAGGGCCAAUAGCUGGGAUGCUAUUAACAUAAUGAUUGAAAGCUCUGGGCCCUGGGUGGGAGGGGAGGGGUGAGACUUGUCCCCCAGCACUAGUCCAGGACAGUCUACUCUUCAAAGUCUGAGGGGGCCUCACCCCCCCUGUGUACUCUGAGGUCCAAGUGCCUACACGGUCAGUCCGGUCCCCCUGUAGCUGCGGCUCCACAUCCGUCUCCAGGACCAAGAAGCGGAGGUCGAGGGGGAGGUCUGGGUCCCGUCCACAGCUGCGGCCCGCCGAGUCAAGCUGGGCAUGUUUAACCACGAGGGGCUCCCCGCGGGCAACUUCGGCCUGGGCCAGGGCCCGAUGCCCGACGGGUCCUCGCACUACGGCAAAGGCGGCUACGUCGGGGGGAGCGCCCCGAGACCGUCCCAGCCCCAGCCGCCGUCCCAGACCUUCUUUCCCUUCCCUUCGGCAGUGAAGAGCGAGUACAGCUUGGAGGGACCCUCGGCUCCCGACUCCAGCCAGACCAAGGGGUGGUACGCCUUCACCGCGCCUCCACCCCCGGCCGAGGCCGGGCAGGCCGCGGCCCCCCACAACCUGCACCUCAUGCCUCCCAAAGAGGAAGACUCUUCCUGCUCUUCCCCUUCCUCCUCGUCCUCCGGAGCUCCUGAGCGGGACCUCAGGGAGACCGUCGUCCCUGAAGCUAAGUACUGCGCCCGUCCGGGCCCAGCCUACUACGCCCCUGCUUGGACGGGGCCCUUCUGGCCGGGCUUGGGGAGCAGCAGCUCGGUCCCCAGCGGGCCCCUGCCGGGGCCCCCUCUCCCUCCCCACCCUCUGCAGGCUCUGGGGAGCUUCUCCGGCCCCAGGCCCCUUUACCCAGCCCCACUCCAGCAGCCCCAGGCCGGGCUGGGCAACGGCAGCGGCAACAGCAUCGGCGGCAGCAGCAACAAUGUCAGCAGCAGCAAUGUCAGCAGCAGCGUCAGCAGCACCAGCGGCUCCAGUGGGGCGGCCAGCGAGGAGGGCAUCCCGUCCAGCGACAGCGGGGAGGAGGACACCCCAACCUCCGAGGAACUGGAGCUGUUUGCCAAAGAACUGAAACACAAGCGAAUUUCUCUGGGUUUCACUCAGGCUGACGUGGGCAUGGCCUUGGGCACAUUAUAUGGAAAGAUGUUCAGUCAGACGACCAUCUGCCGCUUCGAAGCUCUGCAGCUGAGUUUUAAGAAUAUGUGCAAGUUGAAACCGCUCCUUCAGAGGUGGCUGCAGGCUGUUGAGAACACGGACAACCCUCAGGAGGCUCUAGCUGUGCCCUGUCCCCCCCAGAUGUGCAGUAUGGAACAAGUGCUAGCCCAGGCUCGAAAGCGCAAACGUCGCACGAGUAUUGAGACCAGUGUGAAGGGGACCCUAGAGGGCUUCUUCAGGCGGUGUGGGAAGCCCACUCCACAGCAAAUCUGUGACUUGGCAGAAGAGCUGCACCUGGACAAAGAUGUGGUCCGAGUCUGGUUCUGCAACCGCAGGCAGAAGGGCAAGCGGCUCCUUCUGCCCUACGGGGAGGACGCGGAAGCACUGCCUUACGAGCUGGCCCCGGGCACUGCCCUCGUGCUGCCGACUGCUGCUGUGCCCCAGAACUAUGCAGCGCCCCCGCCCCCCGUGGCCCCCGCCCUCUACAUGCCCGCCUUCCCCAAGGGGGAGCCCUGCAUCCCCGGCAUGCCCAUGCCCAACGGGGGCCUCUGAGCCAGGGGCGCGGCGCAGGAACUCACGGGGCUCGAGCGGCCUCUGGCUCCCCCCGUGCCCGGCCAUUGUCCGCUGCCCGAUCUCCUCCCCACCCCGGGUCCUCCUUGUGCCCCUCCACCGCCCACCUCUAGCUCUUUGGGCAUCUGAAACAAUAUUCAGGUCUUUUUUCUCCCCCUUCUUUCACCUCAUGCUCCCCAAACUUGUGAUACGUUUGGGAGCUAGUUUGGAAAUAAAAGUUGGGUGGUAACUGA